GUUGGAGCCAUUCGCAGCUGUUCUUCAAUCGACCAAUCUUAUCAUCUUAUGAUUUUACCAUAAGAUGGCUGAGCUAGACUUUAGAGAAGUUUUCAGGCUUGUUCCAUCAUUCGGCACUUACCAGAAGUUGCGCUUCUUUGGCCUGAAUUGCCUUCUAUUGUUUUUUACUGUCUCUUCUGCCGGUAACAUGAUUUUCAGCUUCAGUGCCCCUCAGUACCACUGUGGGGAUGGCAACAGCUCGUGCCAGCCGAACAAGUGUUGCGACAAUUGUACUUCGUACGUCUUCGAUGGACCUUUUACCAGCAUUGUUAGCGAGUGGAAUCUACUAUGUGAACGUAGUUACAUCUCCGCUCUUGUCCAAUCGAUGUAUUUUGUUGGGUAUCUUUUUGGGUCCUUUUUAUCAGGAACAGUGUCUGAUGCUUUUGGAAGGAAAAUAACACUGACUGUUUCCGUUGCAUUACAGGCAGCAGCGUUUAUUGGAGCAUCAUUUGUGACCAGCCAUAUCGCACUGAUCAUUCUUAUCUUCUUCGCUGGACUUUCGCUUGCAUCUUCGAUAACUUGCCAAUACACCUUGAUCAUUGAGAUGAUCGGCCCAGAUCACCGCACCAUCGCUGGUAUUAUCAACGAGUUGUUUUGGAAAGCAGGAUGGUUUCUUAUAAUUCUUGUGGCGUAUUUUAUCAGGGACUGGAGGACUUUCAUGUUGAUUGGGGCAGCCCCGGGAUUGGCUAUAUUACUCUUUUGGAAAUGGAUAUUCGAGUCUCCCCGCUGGCUGUUAACCAAGGGUCGUUUGGAUGAAGCUCACGAGAUUCUAGUAAACUUUGGAGGCAAAUCCAAGGAGCAACCUCUUGACAAAAAUAGUCUUCGACAGCUCAUCGAGAGAAUCAGGGAAAGUCAGGUUAAAAGGGAAGGUGAAGUGACCAAGCGUCACACACAACUUGAUAUGGUUCGCACGCCCAAGAUGAGAAAAUUUACGCUCGUCAUGGCCAUUAACUGGUGCACAGUGGCUUUGUCGUCGUACGGCUUUACGUUAUUCAUGUCGUCUCUAGCAGGAGAUUUAUACCUAAACCUCGUGUAUUCUGCUAUCCUCCCGACGCUUCUCUUGCCUGUCAUUGGUUGUUUAAUCGCCAAGUUUGGGCGUCGGCUGAUCCAUAUCAUCUUCAUGGCAUUAUCUGGAGCGCUCUGCAUUGGAAUACUGGCUGUUCCCUCAGGCUACCCGCUGCUGAUGACUGGCUUAGCAUUGACUGCAAGAGGCGUCAUUGGUGCGCUCUGGACCACAAUCUACCUCAUCACUUCAGAGCUGUACCCCACUACCAUACGUAAUACCGCAAUUGGAACAUGCGCUACGUUCGCCCGGAUCGGUGGUCUGGUGGCGCCGUAUGUCAUUAUGCUGAAAGAUUUGCCAGGUGUUAGUUUGUACCUUCCCGUGAUCCUUUUCGGCUGUUUGUGUAUCCUUGCCGCCAUUGCGUUCUUCUUUAUUCCGGAGACUCUGAAGGUACCGCUAGCUCAGUCGGUCGAGGAAGCCGAAAACCGUGCAGACAACUACGCUCUUUGCAUCGGCUGUGAACGGAUGCCUUCUUUCAUUGAGGAGGUUCCGGUGGAGAUGGAGUGCCCUGUUCACCUCACAAGCGUUACAAAACAGAAGGACUGAGUAGACGUGUGGGUAUUGAUGGGCGCCGGGGACUCGAUGCUCCCCACUUUCCACGCGUGCUCCCCACUUUCCACGCGUGCUCCCCACUUUCCACACGUGCUCCCCACUUUCCACGCGUGCUCCCCACUUUCCACGCGUGCUCCCCACUUUCCACGCGUGCUCCCCCCUUCACCUCGGCCUCCAGAGGCAUAGUAUUGUCGGACGUUCAGUGUUAAUGAGUUUCAAUGAGUUGAUGGUUAUUUUUAUUCAUUUUGUGACAGUUGAAGAGCCCUUGCCAGCCAGACCUUUGUUAUUGUUUCCAUUCUCCAAUAAGGGAAAGCAAAUUACGAGAAUGGAUAACCUCUUAAAAAAUGAAAUCAUUUAUGCUUUAGUUACACUGAAUUAAUUCGAAAAUAUCGCAACAGCUUGAAGUGUUCGUGUGAGUAUAUAAUACUAGUUCUUAUAGUUCAUUGAUUAAUAGAAAUAAGUAUGAGUG